CGCUUCAGGUCCCAGAAUCCCCCGGGGCGGGUGGCCUCAGCAGCCCCCCAAGUUAGGUCCCAGAAUCCCCCGGGGCCGGUUGCCUCAGCAGCCCCCCCACUUCAGGUCCCAGAAUCCCCCGGGGCAGGUAGCCUCAGCAGCCCCCCAUCAGGUCCCAGAAUUCCCCCGGGGCAGGUCGUCGCCCCCCCAGGUCAGGUCCCAGAAUGCCCCGGGGUGGGUCGCCUCAGCAGCCCCCCAAAUCAGGUCCCAGAAUCCCCCGGGGCAGGUUACCUCAGCAGCCCCCCAAGUCAUGUCCCAGAAUCCCCCAGGGCGGGUCACCUCAUCCCCUUCAGGUCCCAGAAUCCCCCGGGGCGGGUCGCCUCAGAAGCCCCCCCAAGUCAGGUCCCAGAAUGCCUAGGGGCAGGUCGCCUCAGCAGCCCCCCCCCCCAGAUCCCAGAAUCCCCCGGGGCAAGUUGCCUCAGCAGCCCCCCAAGUCAGGUCCCAGAGUCCCCCAGGGCGGGUCACCUCAUUCCCCUCGGGUCCCAGAAUCCCCUGGGGUGGGUGGCCUCAGCAGCCCCCCAAGUCAGGUCCCAGAAUGCCCCGGGGCGGGUCGCCUCAGCAGCCCCCCAAGUCAGGUCCCAGAACCCCCCGGGGCGGGUCGCCUCAGCAGCCCCCCAGGUCAGGUCCCAGAAUGCCCCGGGGCGGGUCGCCUCAGCAGUCCCCCAGGUCAGGUCCCAGAACCCCCCGGGGCAGGUUACCUCAGCAGCCCCCCAAGUCAGGUCCCAGAAUCCCCCGGGGCGGGUCGCCUCAGCAGCCCCCCCAAGUCAGGUCCCAGAAUGCCCCGGGGCAGGUGGCCUCAGCAGCCCCCCUUAGGUCCCAGAAUCCCCCGGGGUGGGUCGCCUCAGCAGCCCCCCCAAGUCAGCUCCCAGAAUGCCCCGGGGCAGGUUGCCUCAGCAGCCCCCCUCAGGUUCCAGAAUCCCCCGGGGCGGGUCGCCUCAGCAGCCCCCCAAGUCAGGUCCCAGAAUCCCCCAGGGCGGGUCACCUCAUCCCCCUCAGGUCCCAGAAUCCCCCGGGGCCGGGUCACCUCAUCCCCCUCAGGUCCCAGAAUGCCCCGGGGUGGGUGGCCUCAGCAGCCCCCCAAGUCAUGUCCCAGAAUCUCCCGGGGCAGGUCGCCUCAGCAGUCCCCCAAGUCAGGUCCCAGAAUCCCCCGGGGCAGGUUUCCUCAGCAGCCCCCCAAGUCAGGUCCCAGAAUCCCCCGGGGCAGGUUGCCUCAGCAGCCCCCCCAAGUCAGGUCCCUGAAUGCCCCGGGGCAGGUUGCCUCAGCAGCCCCCCAAGUCAGAUCCCAGAAUCCCCCAGGGCAGGUUGCCUCAGCAGCCCCCCAAGUCAGGUCCCAGAAUCCCCCAGGGCGGGUCACCUCAUCCCCCUCAGGUCCCAGAAUCCCCUGGGGCGGGUGGCCUCAGCAGCCCCCCAAGUCAGAUCCCAGAAUCCCCGGGGGCGGGUCACCUCAGCAGCCCCCCAAGUCAGGUCCCAGAAUCCCCCGGGGCGGGUCGCCUCAGCAGCCCCCCAAGUCGGGUCCCAGAAUGCCCCGGGGCAGGUCGCCUCAGCAGCCCCCCAAGUCGGGUCCCAGAAUGCCCCGGGGCAGGUCGCCUCAGCAGCCCCCCAAGUCGGGUCCCAGAAUGCCCCGGGGCAGGUCGCCUCAGCAGCCCCCCAAGUCGGGUCCCAGAAUCCCCCGGGACAGGUUGCCUCAGCAGCCCCCCAAGUCAGGUCCCAGAAUGCCCCGGGUGGGGUCACCUCAUCCCCCUCUGUCCCAGAAUCCCCCGGGGCGGGUGGCCUCAGCAGCCCCCCAAGUCAGGUCCCAGAAUCCCCCGGGGUGGGUCGCCUCGGCAGCCCCCCAUUCAUUCAUUCAUUCAAUCGUAUUUACUGAGCACUUACUGUGAGCAGAGCACUGUACUAAGCGCUUGGGAAGUACAAGUUGGCAACUCAAGUCCCAGAAUCCCCCGGGGCAAGUUGCCUCAGCAGCCCCCCAAGUCAGGUCCCAGUGGAUUCUGGGAAGGGUAGUCUCAGCACCCCCCCCCAUCCCAGAAUGCACUGGGCGGGCGGCAGUGCGGCCUAGUGGGUAGAGCCCGGGGCCUG